UUAACUUACCCUAACCCCUCCUCUGCUCCGGUGUCAAGCGCGUAGCAUCCGCCGCCGGCGACCAUCUCGCACGGAGCCACGUUUGCUUCCCCCAUCCGCCACGAUGUCGUCGGAGCCUCCACCCACCGCCGCCUCCGCCUCCCCCGCGGAUGAACUCGCGACCGACCUCUCCGCCGCCACCCUCAGCAAAAAGCAGCUGAAGAAGGACGCGAGGAAGGCGGAGAAGGCCGAGAAGGCGGCGCAGCGCCAGCAGCAGCAGCAGCAGCCGGCCGACGCCGAGGACCCCUUCGCGGCCAACUACGGCGAUGUCCCCGUCGAGGAGAUCCAGUCCAAGGCCAUCUCCGGCCGCUCGUGGACCAAGAUCGGCGACCUCGACGCCGCCGCCGCGGGCCGCUCCGUGCUUAUCCGUGGGGCUACGCAGGCUAUCCGCCCGGUCAGCAAGAAGAUGGCCUUCGUCGUGCUGCGCCAGAGCAUGAGCACCGUGCAGUGCGUGCUUGUCGCCAGCGCCGACGCCGGCGUCAGCACGCAGAUGGUGCGCUUCGCCACCGCUCUCAGCAAGGAGUCCAUCGUCGACGUUGAGGGUGUCGUUUCCCUCCCCAAGGAGCCCCUCAAGGCCACAACACAGCAGGUUGAGAUUCAAGUAAGGAAGAUAUAUUGCAUCAAUAGGGCUAUCCCGACCCUUCCAAUUAACCUUGAAGAUGCGGCUCGGAGUGAGGCGGAGUUUGAGAAGGCUGAACAGGCUGGAGAGAAGCUUGUUCGUGUUGGUCAAGAUACCCGCUUGAACUACAGAGCUAUUGAUCUUCGGACACCCGCAAAUCAAGCAAUAUUCCGGAUCCAGUGCCAAGUCGAAAACAAAUUCAGAGAAUUUUUGUUGUCGAAAGACUUUGUUGGGAUCCACACCCCAAAACUGAUUUCUGGAUCUAGUGAAGGAGGUGCAGCUGUAUUCAAGCUUCUGUACAAUGGCCAGCCUGCUUGUUUGGCACAAUCUCCUCAGUUGUACAAGCAAAUGGCUAUCUGUGGUGGGUAUGAACGUGUAUUUGAGGUUGGUCCUGUGUUUAGAGCAGAAAAUUCAAACACACACAGACAUCUCUGUGAGUUUGUUGGUCUUGAUGCUGAAAUGGAGAUUAAGGAGCACUAUUUUGAGGUUUGUGAUAUUAUAGAUGGCUUAUUCGUGUCAAUAUUUAAGCACUUGACUGAAAACUGCAAGAAGGAACUUGAGACAAUAAAUAGGCAGUAUCCAUUUGAACCUCUGCAGUAUCUAGAGAAAACCUUGAAGCUCACUUAUGAGGAAGGAAUUCAAAUGUUGAAGGAAGCUGGAACAGAAAUUGAGCCAAUGGGUGACCUCAAUACUGAAGCUGAGAAAAAACUUGGUCGGCUUGUUAAGGAAAAGUAUGGCACAGAUUUUUUCAUUCUGUAUCGUUAUCCUUUGGCUGUGCGUCCGUUCUACACUAUGCCUUGUUAUGACAACCCAGCUUACACCAAUUCUUUCGAUGUGUUCAUUCGAGGCGAGGAAAUAAUUUCUGGAGCACAAAGGAUACACACACCUGAGCUGUUGGCCAAGCGCGCUACAGAGUGCGGCAUUGAUGUGAGCACCAUCUCGGCGUAUAUUGAAUCGUUCAGCUACGGUGCACCUCCUCAUGGUGGUUUCGGGGUUGGCCUGGAGAGAGUGGUGAUGCUGUUCUGCGCCCUAAACAACAUCAGGAAGACUUCGAUGUUCCCACGUGACCCGCAGAGGCUUGUCCCAUAAUUUCUUCUCCCAACAAAGGCAAGGAUGUGGUCUGUCAUGAAGCAUCAUAGGAUCGUUUGCCAUGCUGUUGCCAUCCUCACCAGCCGCUGAUCUUCUGCUACCGAGACCAAGAAACGAUAACUGAUACAAUGUUAAUGCGGUCUAUAGUUUUUUUUCUGUUAAAUUCACAAAGAUGCUUGUAUGUACUGGAUUGUUGGAGACCUGACAAUGAUACGAGCUUUCUACUCCUGGGUUU